AUGCACAGGGAUCUUGAUAUUUGGCCCCAGUCAUUCCAUGAUGGGGUCUUGUUUGGUACUUUGCUUUACUUGACCGCACUGGAAGUUGGCGGCCAAAAAGCCCAGUACAGCACUGUGAGACACAACCCCGUAGUUGAUCGUGUUCAAAGUUUGCUUUCCAUGUUGCCCUGGGGAGACUUGACGCUAUUUUGUUUUCGCAGUGGAUAUUUUUUCUGUUGUCCUCGUGAUCCGUACUGUUGCCAGAAUCGGCUAGGAAACCGCACACCCCCUUUCCACCUUCCCACUUCUUCGCUUCAUGUUUAUUCAAGGUUCAUGUUUCUUUCUUUUUUUCCCACCAAAGUAUUCUGCGCUGUGUAUGUAUGUGCUCCGUACUCCAUACAAGCUCCAGCCAGCUCCGCCUGGUCUGGGCCAAUGAACUAG